AUUAUAGAGUUAUGUUUGCUACCAGAAGAUCCCGGGCCUUGCUUUGGUGAAAUGCUUAGAUGGCGUUAUGAUUCCGAAAAAAAUCGCUGCGAAACAUUUAUUUAUACUGGUUGUGAACAUAACGCUAAUUAUUUUACUUCUGAAGAGGCUUGUCUUAGAGCUUGUGGAAAAUAUAGAAAUAGCGAUGUAUGCAUGAAUAAAGUGGACCGUGGUCAAUGUGAAUUAAGUUUAACAAAAUGGUAUUAUAAUUUCAACUCCCGCCAAUGUCAUAUAUUCAUCUACAGUGGUUGUGGAGGAAAUGGUAAUCGAUUUUCCUCAAAAGCUGAAUGCGAGAAUCUUUGUACCGCGGAGACUCGAUCUUAUAAUAGUGGCAAGGAUAUUUGCAUGUUGGAUCGAGAGAGUGGCCCAUGUAAUGACCCUGUGACUCAGUGGUACUUCGAUGCAAGUAGCUUAGAGUGCAUGAAGUUCACGUACGGAGGUUGUCGUGGCAAUGGCAAUCGAUUCAAUAGUCGAGAACUUUGUGAGCAGCGUUGUUUACGUGAUAUUUGUACGUUGCCGUUUGACGCAGGACCAUGUCAAGGUAACCAACAACAAUGGUAUUUUGAUAAGUCACUCAGAAUCUGCCAGUUAUUUUCAUACGGUGGCUGUGAAGGUAAUAUGAAUCGCUUUUCCACCAACGAUGAAUGCAUGACUUAUUGCUCAGGUCAUCUAAAUAAAUCAACAAUUAAGUUAGUUCAUAGUCCUGAACUAAUUUUGAAUGGUUAUAAUCCGACAUCGACUGGAUCAAAUGUAACUUUUCGAUGUGUAAAAGUUCAGGGACAAUACCCAAUACGGUGGUAUAAAAAUGAUGUAUUAAUACAGAUUACUCCAGAAAAUCAAAAAUUACAAGUUUGUUAUCAUUCAUUAGUAUCAGUAGCACUGAAAAGAAACCACAUGACUGCAUUACGUUAUUUUGUAAAAAAUUAUUUCAACUUCUGA